AAGUCAGUCACGCACUGUCUCCGACAAUGUCACCGUCCCAACGACCCCGUCCACACAACAACCCGGCCUCAUGGGCUCAAGCUUUUCACCUCAUGAAAGCUAUCCCCAUGGCAUGGCUCUGUGCAAGGCUGCUCACUCAGCCACUCACCUCUCCACUCCAUGGCUUCGUCCUCAAGAUUUUCCCUCCGCUCCCUCUCCGACCUCCGUCGUCGUCGUCCUCCAUCAAGAUCCCACCACAUUUCCUCCUCCGCUUUUCAAUCUCGGUUCUUUUCAACCCCUCUCUCUAUUCCGCUCCUCACCCUCCACCGUCGUCCCUCGCUACGGUCCCCUCAUCCCCGGAUCCGGUGGGAAUGACGAUGGUGGUGGUGGAAACUAUGGAGGAGGCGGUGGCGGCGGAGGUGAUGACGAUUUCGGUCGGAGGAACCGGACGGAGGCUGUCCUCGCCCUUGCUGAGAUUGGGCGGUCGUUGGAGAGCUUGCCUGCGGACUUGGCCGCUGCUAUAGAUGCUGGGAGAAUACCAGGGUUGGUUGUGCAUAGAUUUGCAGAGCUGGAGAAGUCCCAUGCCUUCCUCCGAUGGCUGCUCCAGUUCGGAGGGUUCAAGGAGAGGUUCCUGGCUGAUGAUCUCUUCCUUGCCAAGGUUGCCAUGGAGUGCGGUGUUGGCAUCUUCACCAAGACUGCAGCAGAGUGGGAGCGCCGCCGAGAGAAGCUUGUGAAAGAACUUGAUUUCGCCUUUGCAGAUGUGGUAAUGGCCUUUAUUGCAGAUUUUAUGCUUGUCUGGCUUCCUGCUCCCACUGUUCCUCUCAAGCCACCUCUCGCUUUUGGCGCUGGUCCCAUUUCUAAGUUUUUCUAUGGCUGCCCAGACAAUGCUUUCCAGGUUGUAUUGUCUGGAACAUCGUAUUCGUUUUUGCAGAGAAUCGGCGCGAUUGUGCAAAAUGGGGCAAAACUUUUUGUUGUCGGGACCAGCGCAUCUUUGUUUGGGACUGGUAUAACAAAUGUGCUGAUUAAUGCUCGGAAGGCAUUUGACAAGGACUUCGCCGAAGAAGCUAAAGAUGUCCCUGUAUUAUCAACAAGUGCUGGAUAUGGUGUUUACAUGGCUGUUUCAAGUAACCUUAGGUACCAGCUAGUAGCUGGUGUGAUUGAACAGCGGAUAUUGGAGCCGUUGCUUCAGAACCAGAAGCUUCUCCUGAGUGCAUUGUGUUUUGCAGUCCGAACAGGAAACACAUUCUUGGGAUCAUUAAUGUGGGUUGACUAUGCUCGUUGGACUGGCAUCCAAAAAGUUCGGGACUAGGAUGCAAGGCUCAUUUCCUUUAUAGUUGGCUGCUUCAAGUUCACAUGUGAUUCUUAUCAAAGUCAAAUUAUGCCAUCAAUAAUUUCCAAACAUGGCCAAUUUAUUAGGUAACUUGCCCUGAGAUUGUUCAGAGUCUACUACUGUCCAUUCAAUUCUGCUAUGAUGCUUGUGCUAUCAUGGUGAUAUUCUUUUCACAGGGUUUGCUUCUGUUUUUGUAAGAAUUUUGUUUCGUUUUCUUAUUAUUUGCUUUUAAAAACA